GAAAAUUGAUAACCCCGCACUGAAUGAAUCCAAUAUUCAUAGAGAACAAUAUUUUAGAUCCGCCAACGACAGUCACACAUCGAAAAAGUGUUGGUAAAUGAAGCAUGGCAGAGAUUUAAAUGCCAUUACCUUUUAUCUGCGAGCGAAAGAAAUUUAAAUGUAAACAAACAAAUAAAAACCUAGGUUGACUUAUCCGGGUUUAACGUAUAAGUGUGUGGAAUUUACAUGUGCAUGAUUUUUAUAGGUGGUUGUAGCGAAACGACUGGGGAUCAUAUAGAAACAUCAACAUGUGCUUGGAAUUCCUCAAAAUGUCACACACACAAUCUGCCAGAAAUGCAAGACGGAGAAAAUAUGAAGAAAAAGCGAAAGGGGGCUUUUUCCAUAACCUUUUAGACUCCCUGAGAUUCCGUGGGAAGAAGAUGGGCGCGGUUUUGGGCUUGGUGGAUACCAAACUGACUCCAUUCCAAAAGAAGAAACUUCUCCAUGAAUUCGAUGUGUUCUUUGACUUAAACAAAGAUGGUAAACUUGAAUGGAAAGACUUUGAUUUGGCGAGGCAGAAAAUUUGCGAGAUGAGCGGUUGGAAACUAGGGACAGAGAAGUAUGUGAAAACACAUGAACUGUUUGUAACAAUAUGGAGGAAACUACAGGACGAAGGAGAUGAAAAUAAUGAUGGACUCAUCACAACUGAGGAGUGGCUGAGGAUGUGGGAGAAGUUCAAUGAGCACUGUAUGAAAGAAGCGAAUAAAGACGAUGAGGUUCCGAGUGAACGGAAGCUUCCCGAAUGGCUAGAGAACUACAUCCGGUACAAGUUUGAUCUCUUCGACAGGACUGGAGAUGGGUACUUGGAUUGUGACGAGUUUGAGUAUGUCCUCGGAGAUUUUGGCGUCCCGGCUAAAGAUGCACGCUCAGCUUUUCUCAUGAUAUCACAGGUUAAGUACGAAAUACAUAACAGAUGUCACUUCAUGUCAAAAUACAUAACAGAUGUCGCUUCAUGUCAAAAUACACAACAGAUGUCGCUUCAUGUCAAAAUACAUAACAGAUGUUGCUUCAUGUCGAAAUACACAACAGAUGUCGCUUCAUGUCAAAAUACACAACAGAUGUCGCUUCAUGUCAAAAUACACAACAGAUGUCGCUUCAUGUCGAAAUACACAACAGAUGUCGCUUCAUGUCAAAAUACACAACAGAUGUCGCUUCAUGUCAAAAUACACAACAGAUGUCACUUCAUGUCAAAAUACAUAACAGAUGUCGCUUCAUGUCAAAAUACACACCAGAUGUCGCUUCAUGUCAAAAUACACACCAGAUGUCGUCUCAUCUCGCAAUAUAUCUAUAUUUCCAAUGAUUCUGCCUUUGAUAUAUUUACCAUUAUUAUAAGGACAGACAUUUCCUCAUAA